CUCGGAUCAUCUUGUUUCUUUCGACUCUUUGUUAAACCCUUGUCUCUCUCUCUCUGAAACCCUCAGUUUCUCAUCGAUCUAAAGGAGAACCCUAACAUUUUAUCAAAUCAGAUUCUUCUGCAUCUUUGAACCAACAGUCCUGCUGAUGCUGCAAGGAUAAAAAUAUGGCGAUGAAUUGCAGCAGAUCUCUCAGAAGCCUCAUCCUCACAAAGGAGGCAAUUGGGAUUGUUGGUCAGAGAACAUUCGCCGCAGGUGCUAAAGCCAAGAAGAGUGGAAAAGGAGGUGGUGCAGGUGAUGCUCCCAAGGCUUCAAGCCUUUCCAAAGAAAUUAAAUCUACUACGGUAUUUUGUGGCAACAUUCUCAAGGAAGGAACAGAUCCUAAGAUUCUAGCUGACUCUGAAUACCCUGAUUGGCUGGGACACCUGCUGGACAAGAAACCUGCAUUGAGUGAACUACGCAGGAAGAACAUAGAGACUCUCCCAUAUGAUGAUCUCAAACGAUUAGUUAAGCUGGAUAAUCGUGCACGAAUCAAGGAAAACAACUCUGUCAAGGCCAAGCAUUGAACAAGAUCUGUAAGACGUAUUUUCUUUCCUCCGUAUUUGAUACUUGACAGUAUUGCACGUCCUGGCAGUCAUUUUAUAGAUUUUAUCGUUUUGAGAUUUAUGUUAUGUUACACUGCUUUGCCAUUCUGGAAUAUGGUCAGCAUUAAUUGAGAAAAACUGUAGACAAAAUCUCUUCUGAUUGUUACAAAGAAGACGAUAAAUUGUCUUUGUGAAUUACUUCUGAAAUGGUUUCUGCAGCGCCUAAAUAACAUCCUCUGUGUGUUUUUUGUUUU